AUGCCACACACUUUAGGAACUGUAAGCGCAUCAUCACACAAGAAAGAUCAGUCGUCAAGCGACGCUAAUCUUGGUCAGAUCCAACAAACACCAGUCCAUGGCACCUCUUCAGCUACCAACAAAGACUUCCCAUGGGACGACCCUGAUAUGGUAGCGCAGUUGAUCGAGUCUACCGAUAGGAUUGAGGAAGAGUGGUUUUCACAACAAAGACAAACUCAGUAUACCACAUCAGUUACACAAGACAUCCACAUAUCAGAGAUCAAGCCCAAUGAGAUUUGUUGCAACUUCACCUCAAAUCCAGUCGAAAGUGCUGUUUUCAGCGACAUUGUGUCACGAAUACCACCCCAUUCAAGGCAAAAGAGCCCAAGAAUAGUACAAAUGGGCUCGACAUGGGUUGAACAUAGGGUUUUUGGCCUGAGCAUGCAAGUGUAUGGCCGGGUCAAUAAGUACGUGAUCAAUAUGUUGGGAAAAGCAGUAAUGGCCGAGCAAACCGAAAAGGAUAGGCUCAAUCUUCUCCCGCGAAGUUACUGGUCAAGAUACUAUGUCGAAUGCGACACUGCUAAAUUAUUCCAAAAGGCAUUUGAAACUCCAUUGGCGUUAUCUGUUCACCUGAGGGAGACAAUGAUAGGAUUCCAUCUUGACCGAAUUCACAUGGUGUUUUUACCUUUAAGCUCAUACAGUUUCUGGUACACGGUUGUUGCUAACUUUAGGAAGAAAUUGUUCGAAGUCCUCUGCCCAAACAACAGAAUCGACUUGAUUGCUGACGAAGCUCAGCUUGUAAUCAAGAAUUUCAAAGCGGCUUUCAAGCUGGCAUACAAGAGAUCACAACUAAAUGUGACUGACAUGGGUGUGUCUUUCCGGAGUGUGUGCUCUUCAACUAAAGAGGCAGAUAGUGGGAUCUUCACAAUGAAGUUGGUACAAGGACAUGAUGGAGACAACACUUUGUGUUUUGAACCCGAGCAUGCAAAGAGCCUGCGCGAGAGUCUAACUUACUACAUGGUUGCUCACCCUUGCAACGAAAAACUGAUGCCAGAAACCAAAGAAAUCUUAAGAAAAUAUGGUGUUCCAUUUGACUACUCGACUCCAGGGUAUUCUCCAUGGGGUCCUGUUGCAGAACAAUGUUAACUACAUCUGGCUGGGAAAGAUCAUCCCAACAGGACUAAAUCAUGACCCUAAGCUCCCGGAGGAUCACCCAAGGAUGGCAAAAUGCCGUACACAUGAGAAUGACUCAUCGAUAAGAGGAUUAUUUUGGCGAAAUACUGUUUUUAUUUUAAAUAGUUCUUUUUUGCUUUUUUAGUAUAGAAAACACAUACAUUCUUAUAUAUCCUUUUUUUGGAUAGUGAUGACAUUUUUGUCCAACGCAAGUUCUUGAUCUUUUUGUUCAGAUACAAAUUAAUUGGCAACACCGUCACCGCCGAAACAAGCAAGUGACACCACCGCCAGCUUGUCUUAGGGUUAUAUACCCCGCGUUGUUGUGUU